UAUAAACACCUCCUAACCUGUCUGGACACAUAUCCCUGUUGCUGCGGUAAUCAACCCAUCACAUGCACACCUCCUUGGCGCUGUUCUGCAGUCCCACGCCCCCCCAGAGGUGAGGAGAAGGCUUCUCUGGACCCACGUGUUGAAGAGACUCCAGGCCCUUCGCUGCUUGGUUCUACCAGCUGACACCACACCAUGAAGCCCACAUGCAGCCCUAGCUGUGCCACUUAAACCUCACCUCACUUAAAGUAUCGUUCUUCAGAGCUCCCUCGACCUCCCUGACCUCACCCCCCCCCCCCCCCCCCCGAGCUGUCAGGGCCUCGUCCCACGCCAGCAUGAGCUACGACCGCUCCGUAGCGGGCCCCGGCCUCAGCACCAGGGGCCGCGGCACCAGGGCCCCCAAGAAGGAGGCGGGCGAGCAGGAGGAAGCCUCGGGCGGCCCGGGGCCCCUGGGCGGCUCGGUCAGCAUCCAGGAGGCAGGGGCCGAGGGAGGCUCCUCCCCCCCCCGGGGCUCCUCCCCCCCCGGGGGCUCCAGCGACCGGAGGGGCCCCCCCACCUCCGACGACAACGACGGCACGUCGAGCGGCAACGACUCGGGGGAGCGGGAGAACAGCUCGCAGGGCCGGCAGUCCACCCGGAGCUCCCACAACUCGUCCAAUGGGAAGGACUCUGGCAUGAGGCUGACCGAGAGCAGCAAGAGCACCACCUCCCAGAGCCUGUCCCCGCCCGGCGGCUCUCUGGCCUACAGCCUGCUCUCCACCAGCUCGGAGCAGGACCCGCCCUCCACGUCGGGCUGCAGCAGCGACCAGUCGGCGCGGCUGCGCACCCAGAAGGAGCUCAUGAAGGCCCUGAAGGAGCUCAAGAUCCGGCUGCCCGUGGAGCGCAAGACCAAGGGCCACGCCAGCACCCUGGACGCCCUCAAGUACGCCCUCAACUGCGUCAAACAAGUCCGAGCCAACCAGGAGUACUACCACCAGUGGAGCGUGGAGGAGGGCCACGGCUGCAGCCUGGACCUGUCCUCCUUCACCGCCGAGGAGCUGGACACCAUCACCUCGGAGUACACCCUGAGGAACACGGACACCUUCUCCAUGGCCGUGUCCUUCCUGACGGGCAAGGUGGUGUACGUCUCGCCCCAGGGCUCCUCGCUGCUCCGCUGCACGCCCGAGGACCUCCAGGGCACGGUGUUCUCCGAGCUCCUGGCCCCGCAGGACGUCAGCACCUUCUACAGCCACACGGCGCCCUGCCGCCUGCCCCCCAUGGCGUCCUGCACGGCCUCUGAGUUGGCGCCGCCCGACGCCGCCCAGGAGAAGUCCAUGUUCUGCCGCGUCGGCGUGCCGCGGGUGGGCGGCGGCCCGCUGCGCUACGCCCCGUUCCGCCUCUCGCCGUACCAGCUGACCCUGCGGCCCUCGGAGGACGCGGCGCCCCAGCCCUGCUGCCUGCUGCUGGCCGAGCGUGUGCACUCGGGAUACGAAGCCCCUCGCAUCCCGACGGACAAGCGGGUCUUCACCACCAGCCACACGCCGGGGUGCCUCUUCCAAGAGGUGGACGACAGGGCGGUGCCGUUGCUAGGAUACCUCCCCCAGGACCUUGUGGGGACCCCAAUCCUCCUCUACAUCCACCCUGAGGACCGACCCAUCCUGGUGGCCAUCCACAAGAAGAUCCUGCAGUGUGCCGGGCAGCCCUUCGACCACGCCCCCCUGAGGAUGUGCGCCCGCAGCGGCGAGUACCUGACCCUGGACACCAGCUGGUCGUCCUUCGUCAACCCCUGGAGCCGCAAGGUGGCCUUCAUCGUGGGCCGCCACAAAGUGCGCACGAGCCCGCUCAACGAGGACGUGUUCACCGUGCUGCGCGGCUGUGAGGGCCGCGGCGCCACGCCCGACAUGGCGCCGCUGAGCGAGCAGAUCCACCGGCUGCUGGGGCGGCCCGUGCACGGCGGGGGGUCCCGGGGCUCCAGCGCGUCCCAGGCCUCCCGCCGCUCGCAGCCCCCGCGGGCCCCGGCCUCCUCCUCCAGCGACAGCAACGGCCCCCCGGCGCAGGAGGGCGUGGCCGCCGCCACCGCCCUGGCUGUCGCCACGGCGCUCGCCGCCGCCGCCGCCGCCACACACAAGCCCAUGACCUUCCAGCAGAUGUGCAAGGACGUGCACCAGGUGAAGAGCAGCGGGCAGCAGGUGUUUAUCGAGUCGCGCCACCGCCCGGCCGCCAGGAAGCCCGCCAGCGCAGGCGCACUCAGCAGCUUCAGAGCGCUCAGUGGCCACUCGGUCGCUGCGUCCGGCUCACACCUGCCCAGCAGAGCCCUGGUGCCCACACUAACGCCCAAAGAGUCGCCCACCGCCUACUCCUACCAGCAGAUCAACUGCCUGGACAGCAUCAUAAGGUAUCUGGAAAGCUGCAACAUUCCCAACACCUUGAAGAGGAAGUCUGGCUCCUCUUCCUCCGCCUCUGAUGAGGACCAACCCCAUGACGUCAAAUGUGCCUCAGUGGGCCUGCUGGGGGCGCCCUCCCCUCUCCCUCCUCUGGCCUCGGCCAGCAAGGCCCAGAGCGUUGCCUCGGUUACGUCCCAGUGUAGCUUCAGCAGCACCAUCGUCCACGUAGGAGACAAGAAGCCGCCGGAGUCAGAUAUCGUCAUGGAGGAGGCCCCUCCCCCUGCCACACUGGCUCCUCCCACAUCGACCUUGACUGCCGCCUCUAUGACCCCCCCUCCCCCGGCGUGGGCCCCGGUGGAGUGGGCCGGGCGGCGGGCCGGGUCGGGCCGCGCGGGCCUGACCCGGGAGGUCCUGUCGCUGCACACGCAGCAGGAGGAGACGGCCUUCCUCCACCGCUUCAAGGACCUCAGCAAGCUGAGGGUGUUGGACCCCACCGCCUCGUCCAGCGUGCACUGCCACCCCGCCGCGCUGUCCCGAGGGCUCCGCUGUUCCCGGGACCACCUCGCCGACGGCAGCGGGGGCCACCGCCGCGGCCGGGGGGGCAAGCGCCUCAGGCAGCAGGAGGACCACCUCAGCUCGGUGAACCCGGGGGUCUGCCUGCAGCCCCCCCCCGCCAACGCCUCCUCCUGGCCCCCCUCUGCGGGCUCCCAGGCCAGCCUCCCGGUGGGGCCCUUCCCUCCCGGCAUGCUGCCCCUCUACCCCCUGUACCCGCCCCAGCCCGUGGCCCCCCAGGCCCAGAUGGUGCCCCCCAUGGUGGCCCUGGUCCUGCCCAACUACCUGUUCCCCCAGAUGGCCCCGGGCCCCGCCGUGGCCAACCCGGGACACUUCUACAACCCCAGCUUCAACCCCUACCACCACGCCGCCUCCAUGCCCCUCCCCCUGCCCCUGCCCCUGCCCCUCCCCCUCCCCCUCCCCCUGCCCCUGCCCCUACUGGGGCCCCGGGCCCCGUCCCGCAGCAGCCCGCCGCCCUCCCCGGUGGACCACGAGGGCCCAGAGUCGCCGCUGUUCCAGUCGCGCUGCUCCUCGCCGCUCAACCUGCUGCAGCUGGAGGAGUCUCCUAGCAACCGGCUUGAGGUCGCCGCGGCGAUGGCCGCCUCCCAGCAGCAGCAGGCCGCACCCUCCUCUGUGCAGGGGGGCGGGGCCCCGGGGCAGAGCUCAGCCAAUGAGAGACGCUCUGACGAGUCCAAAGAGACGGAAAGCGGCCAGACCGACGACCAGGACAACAUGUCCACCUCCAGCCAGCUGCUGGACCUGCUGCUGCAGGAGGACUCCCGCUCGGGCAGCGGCUCGGCCUCGGGCUCCUCGGGGUCGCGCUCCGGCUCCGGCUCCGGCUCCGGCUCCGGCUCCGGCUCCGGCUCCGGCUCCGGCUCCCGGGGCCACAGCUCCUCAGGGACCAGCGGCACCCGGAGCAGCCACACCAGCAAGUACUUCGGCAGCAUCGACUCGUCGGAGAACGGCCACGCCCGCAAGCGGCCGGCCGGGAGCAGCAGCAGCGGCGAGGAGCAGUUCAUCAAGUGCGUGCUGCAGGACCCCAUCUGGCUGCUCAUGGCCACCACCGACGACAAGGUCAUGAUGACCUACCAGCUGCCCUCCAGGGACAUGGAGGCUGUGCUGCGGUCGGACCGCGAGGCGCUCAGGGCCCUGCAGAAGAGCCAGCCGCGCUUCAGCGAGGAGCAGAAGAGGGAGCUGAGCCAGGUGCACCCCUGGAUACGCACCGGACGGCUGCCCCGAGCCAUCAACACCUCCGCGUGCGUGGGGUGCAGGUCCCCCCCCCCGGCCCUCUACGACUCGGAGCUCCAACAGGAGGGCCCCGCCCAGGAGGAGGACGACGAAGGGCGCCAGACGCAAAAACGCUGCCGGGGCGGCGACCAGGACAUGACGACGGAGACGCAGGAAGUGACCUCAGGGGCCGGUGGGGAGGGGAGGCCGGGGGCCGUCGAGGCGGCCAUGACGCACUGAAGGGGCCCCCCGGUGGACACAGGUCUUAUGUUCCUCUGAGCGCCACGGGACGCUGCUGAGAGUGUGGUGCUGCAGGGGAGGCCACGCCCCCCUGUUCCUCAGCAUGGAGGCCACGCCCCCUUUUCCUCUCAGCGUGGAGGCCACGCCCCCCUGUUCCUCUCAGCGUGGAGGCCACGCCCCCUCCUGUUCCUCAGCGUGGAGGCCACGCCCCC